AUGGAUUACAUUCGUCCUCGUUCCGGCUUCCAGCCUUGUGAUACCUUCUUCGUGGAGGAUGACUAUCGUGUUCGUGCCGAGAAGCAGGCCAAACAGGAGCACGAGAAACUCGUUGCUCGUGAGCGGCAAUAUGCUAUCGCGGAUCAACUGUCCAGACUCACCAGCGAAGAGCUUCGGGACGAUGUCCUGAGCCACAUGCUGGAGAUGGAUGGUCAAACGCUCCCGGACGUUGAAUCGAUCGACAUCCAAACCGAGAUUCAGUGGUUCAUGCGUCCGUACCUCCUUGACUUCCUGAUCGAGGCCCACACUGCCUUUCAACUUCUGCCGUCGACCUUGUUUUUGGCCAUCAACCUCUUGGAUCGUUACUGCUCCAAGCGUGUGGUCUACAAGCGUCACUACCAGUUGGUUGGCUGUGCAGCUCUCCUCAUCGCUGCGAAGUACAACGACAAGAAGGAUCGCGUGCCCACUGUCAAGGAGCUGAAGUCCAUGUGUUGCUCCCUCUACGAUGAUGACAUGUUCAUCCAGAUGGAAUGGCACGUUCUGCAGACCCUUGGUUGGACCAUUGGCCACCCUACCGUGGACAGUUUCCUACAAAUUGCCGUUCUCGACGAGGUCUACGACCCUGAGGUGGAGCACAUGGCUCUCUACGUCCUCGAGAUUGCUCUGUUCCACCGUGACUUUGUCUCUAAGCCUUCGUCGGAGCUCGCUCGCGCUGCCUUAGCUCUGGCGCGUUGUAUUCUCAACCGACCCCAGCCUCGGCACACUGACUGGGCUGCCCAGUAUGACUCGACGACUCUCGUUGGCCUGUCUCAACAGCUCCACCAGCCCUCCACUGUAGUUUCCCGGAAGUAUGCUUCGGCUCACUACUCGCGGGUCUCCAAGGUGCUGGAGCACUUCCUCAACCGCCAGGCUUCUCUGUCCAACUAUGCCCGUUGCACCCCACCGGUCGAAACUCCAGCGGAGUCAAAGCCGUAUACUGGGGAAAUGGGCCUCGCCACGCCUCAGAAGUCUUCGCAAUUGACUGCCGUCCCACACGGAUACCUCACCCCACCUAUCACGCCUGAGAAUGUGGGAUUCGCUCAGGCCGAAAUGGGUAACCACGAACUGAGUCGAAGUGUUCCCUCUGUGCCCGGCUGCUCCCCAUCACCCGCUCCCGAAGUUGAGAUGCAGUACAUCGCCACCGACGCUUAUCAGCAACAGGAGUCUUUGUAUAUGUCUCAACAGCAGCAAUUACAGCAGUUCCCGCAGCCCCAAAUGGCACUGGACCCGACGUAUGUUGGUGGGAUGUAA